AACAUGUAAGGGUACACCUCAAUGCAUAACAAGAAUUAGGUCAGUAUAUGUUAAAAGUUUAAGGGUCCAGCUUUAUGGGAUAAAGACUAAAGUGCAGCAUGGGUAUGGGAUGUCACGUUCUGUGGAUAUUUAUAAGGCAUUUCAGGAAAGGGGUGUCAAAUCUCACUGAACUCGGUAACCUCAGUUUUAUUGACUGUUGGUUUUUCACAGGCUUGGUGAAAAUGUGCAAAUUUUUGAAGAUCUACAUUAGAGAAAACCCAUCACAAUUAAUAGGACGACAUUAUCUAACUGCUCAAAAGAGAAAAAGAAAGACAAAAUUACACAAUGGAACUUCAGAAACUAACAAACGGUCACCACCAGGACUUUCAACAUCUUGAGGAGGGAGAGUCACCUGAACGAGAGGAGUUUUUACCACACAAGAGUGAUGGAGGAAAACCCCCUCAGUUUACAGAUUUUGAAGGAAAGACUUCGUUUGGGAUGUCUGUCUUCAACCUUAGCAAUGCCAUCAUGGGUAGUGGGAUUCUGGGACUGUCCUAUGCCAUGUCCAACACUGGUAUCAUCCUCUUCCUGGUUUUGUUGACCAGCAUUGCUGUCCUGUCAUCAUACUCUGUCCAUCUUCUACUGAGGAGUGCAGGGGUUGUGGGCAUUCGCGCGUAUGAACAACUUGGUAAACGAGCAUUUGGACACCCAGGGAAAAUUUUGGCAGCUGUUGUCAUAACAAUGCAUAACAUUGGUGCUAUGUCUAGCUACCUCUUCAUUGUGAAGUAUGAAUUACCUUUGGUUAUACAGGCUUUCCUUGGUCUUCAGCACAGCAGUGGUGAGUGGUUCCUGAAUGGCAACUAUCUGAUCGUCAUUGUGUCCAUUUGCAUCAUCUUUCCACUUGCCCUCAUGAGACAGCUUGGGUACCUGGGCUACACCAGCGGCUUUUCUCUGACAUGUAUGGUUUUCUUCCUGAUCUCAGUCAUCUAUAAGAAGUUCAACAUCCCUUGUCCUUUUGACGGUUUCAGUAACCACACCGCUGACAACAUAUCUAUUGAUGGAGAAUGUGAAGCCAAAUACUUCACCAUCAACCAGCAGACAGCCUACACGGUCCCAAUCUUGGCUUUCGCUUUUGUAUGCCACCCUGAGGUGCUGCCAAUCUACACUGAACUGCGCAAUCCCACAAAGAGACGCAUGCAGGCCAUUGCCAACGUGUCCAUCCUGGGGAUGUUUGUCAUGUAUCUGCUCACUGCCAUCUUUGGCUACCUCACCUUUUAUUUAAGCACAGAGGCAGAACUUCUUCACACCUACAGUAAGGUGGAUCCUCUGGACACUCUCAUCCUAUGUGUGCGUCUGGCUGUGCUGGUGGCCGUCACUCUAACAGUUCCCGUUGUGCUCUUCCCGAUUCGCAGAGCCCUUCUGCAGCUACUGUUCCCUGAUAAGCCCUUUCACUGGGUGCGUCACAUCGCCAUCGCUGUGUGUCUCCUCUUUGUUGUCAACCUGCUCGUCAUAUUCGUGCCCAACAUCCGUGACAUCUUUGGUAUCAUUGGUGCUACUUCUGCCCCGAGUUUGAUCUUCAUCCUCCCAGGUCUCUUUUAUAUCCGAAUCGUUUCCACUGAGCAAGAGCCAAUAAACUCCAGGCCAAAAAUUCAGGCUGCCUGCUUCACUGCUCUGGGCUUCAUCUUUAUGGGCAUGAGCUUAACGUUCAUCUCACUGGAUUGGAUCUACGGGGAGAACCGAAGUGGGGGAGGUCACUAAUUUUCACCAACAAAACAGUAAGGGUCCAAACAGCCUGUUGAGAGAAACACCACCUAAGAGAAAGCCAAACAUUACUUAAAGGCUGCUGGACCCAUCUCACCUCAGAUCUGUUGUCCCACUGAGUUAGGAAAGGACCAAUGUCCUGCCAUCUUUAAAAUUAAAUGUGGAUCAGUCCUAUGAUGUUUCAUGUUGGAUGAUUUCUGGGGGACACAGAAAUGUCAUGCCCUUUGAGGCAGUAGUGUGAUCCUGUGAUCCAGAAAACAGUCAUUUCCCUUCACACGCUCCGUAACGAUAAAUUAUGUUGGUUUUGUUGAAACCCCAAAAACCUUUAAAGUUGUGCAAAGAAGGAUACAGUUUGAACAACAGUCAUAAAGGUACAGCUGAAGCCAAAAAAUAAACGACUGGAGAAGUUUCAUUCUCCUGCAGAGGAAAAAACACUUACUUUUGUCUGUUGUCCCAAUUAAGUUCAGGACAUAGUCCCAGAGUGCAAUGCUAGGGAAAUAGAAAACAAUUUAUUUUCCCUCAAAAAUUUUGAUCCAUUACACUACAAUAAGAUUUGUUAAAAAAACAAAAACAAAAAACAAACAGUCAUAUAUGAUCAGAAAUCAAAAACAUACAUAAUCUCAGAAUGGCUUUGAUAAAAGCUGCAGACCUAAACUGAAACUACAUACUGCAUAUAUAUAUAUAUAUAUAUAUAUACAGCAUAUACAUUGGCUGCCAAAAGUUUGGAAUAAUGUACAGAUUUUGCUCUUAUGGAAAGAAACUGGUACUUUUAUUCACCAAAGUGGCAUUCAACUGAUCACAAUGUAUAGUCAGGACAUUAAUAACAUGAAAAAUUACUAUUACAAUUUGAAAAAAAUGUUCAGAACUUCUUAAACUACUUCAAAGUGUUCUCAUCAAAAAAUCCUCCACAUGCAGCAAUGACAGCUUUGCAAAUCCUUGGCAUUCUAGCUGUCAGUUUAUUCAGAUACUCAGGUGGCAUUUCACCCCACGCUUCCUGUAGCACUUGCCAUAGAUGUGGCUGUCUUGUCGGUCUCACGCACCUUACAGUCUAGCUGAUCCCACAAAAGCUCAAUGGGGUUAAGAUCCAUAACACUCUUUUCCAAUUAUCUGUUGUCCAAUGUGUUUCUUUGCCCCCUCUAACCGUUUCUUUUUGUUUUUUGUUCUGUUUCAAAAGUGGCUUUUUCUUUUCAAUUCUUCCCAUAAGGCCUGCACCCGAGUCUUCUCUUUACUGUUGUACAUGAAACUGGUGUUGAGCAGGUAGAAUUCAAUGAAGCUGUCAGCUGAGGACACGUGAGGCAUCUAUUUCUCAAACUAGAGACUCUGAUGUACUUAUCCUCUUGUUUAGUUGUAUAUCUGGGCCUUCCACAUCUCUUUCUGUCCUUGUUAGAGACAGUUGUCCUUUGUCUUUGAAGACUGUAGUGUACACCUUUGUAAGAAAUCUUCAGUUUUUGGCAAUUUCAAGCAUUGUAUAGCUUUCAUUCCUCAAAACAAUGAUUGACUGACGAGUUUCUAGAGAAAGCUGUUUCUUUUUUUGCCAUUUUUGACCUAAUAUUGACCUUAAGACAUGCCAGUCUAUUGCAUACUGUGGCAACUCAAAAACAAACACAAAGACAAUGUUAAGCUUCAUUUAACGAACCAAAUAGCUACAUUAUUGUAAUGUACUCUGUACAUUAUUCAAACUUUUGGCUGCCAGUGUAUAUAAAUUUGUCCCUGAAAUAUUGUUGUCCCUGAAAUAUUGUGUGAUAUAAUAUGCACUACAACUGUUAAAACAGACGAUCAGCUAUAUUUGUUUUCUGCAGGAUAGCAUUUUUUUUGUUAGACAAAUGUGUGGUACGUACAGUUGCUGUAUUUUAUGGUCUAGUGGGGUAGAAUAUCAUCUUUUGUUUUAGUUAGGGAAUAGAUGGAUAUCUACAAGCUCCAUUUGAUGAGGUGCUUAAUUACAAUACUGUGAUUUGCACAGGUAUCCAAUGCCAGCUAAAUCUAACCUGUGAAUUCAGUAAUUCUUCUGAUUUUACCAUUUUACUAGGUUUUAUUUGGCAUGAGGUUUUACUUCUCCAAACAAUUGAUGGAAAAGUAUAAAUGUCACCAGUGUUUAUAUACAGUGCCACAAAGUGUUUAUAUAGGGCUUAAAAAUACUAUACUGGGAAUAAAUUAAAAACAUUAAUUGGAAGAAAAAAAAAUAUAUCUAUUUUUUUCUUUUCUUUUUUAACUGUUAUUUAUAUAUAUAUAUAUAUAUAUAUAUAUAUAUAUAUAUAUAUAUAUAUAUAUAUAUAUAUAUAUAUAUAUAUAGCUUUGAUCUAUGCAAUGGCGCCGACAUGAUUUACCAAGACCUUUAAAACUUUGUGCAAAGACAGCAAUGACUUUGCAUGUCAUAACAUGACAGCUUUUCCUCUUGGUCUGCUGUAGACUGUGAAACAGUGCAAUGCUUUGCAAGUGACUUCAGGGCUCUUAUACUCACUGUGUGCAGCUCAGGCCUUUGCUAAUACCAAAAAAUGAUGGCAAUCCCUCUCCUCGCCAAGUUCCCAGUAUCCUGCAAUGCCUAUUUAUUCAGUUUUGUGAUUAAAUACACAGAUUUUCAAUAACUCUGUGCUGGUUAGUUUAUAUAUAUAUAUAUAUAUAUAUAUAUAUAUAUAUAUAUAUAAAAAGGGUGCCAAGUUAAAGACUUGUAGUUCCAAUGUGAAACACAACACAACACACCAAAGAGUAUUGGCAGUUGAAAUUUAUUUUACUGCUUUUAUGUGUGCUUUUACAUUUGUAAACAUGGUUUACUGAACUGGCCUUUGACUUUUGUCAUACUUGCUGUUUUCAAUAAAGAUUGUACAGUCAGUAUUAAAAACAUG